AUGAAGCGCAACGUCGUCAUCUUCCUGAUCAUCCUCAUCCUCUUCAUCCUCAUCGCGGCCAUCGCAUACCUGAUCUACUACCUGCAAACGCGCAUGGCAGUCGGCGGCACGGCGAGCAGCGUGAGCGAUAUGACGGAGCCAUAA